AUGAGACCGACCAUUCCCUCGUACGGCACCCGUAGCCGGAAUCUACGGGUAACAGUUCGCUCUCGCUAUGCAUCGACCUCAACCUCCAAAGCGGACUCCCCCGCUCCAGCUCCCCGGAGAAAUCGCUGGCUUGGGAUUGCUCUCGUGACUGCUGCGGCUGGAGUAGCUGGCGCGUACAUUCGGUCGCAAGACCCCGGGUCUGCUACCCUGAACCAGGAGACGUUCACCAAGUAUAGCCUUGUGUCCAGGGAGUCCGUCUCGGCUACUAGCAGUCUCUUCACCCUUCGACCGCGGAUACCGAGUGGUGGUAAUUACGAUGUCUACGAGAACGCCUGGCGCACAGGGAUAUGGAGUGUGAUGUUCAAGCAGCCCCAGUUGCAGAUUGGUCGCGACUAUACACCUCUACCAGUGACAUCAGCGACGCCAUUGACCGUGGACGAAGAGAACGAAGGGUACCUCCGCUUUUUUAUAAGGAAGGAUCCAUUUGGGGAGGUUACCCGGUACCUCCACAACUUGAAGAUCGGAUCUGAUAUUGAGAUGCGAGGUCCCAAAAUUGAAUUUGCUAUUCCGGAUGAAACUCAGGACGUCUUGUUCAUUGCUGGAGGCACGGGCAUUGCCCCGGCAUUGCAGGCUGGUCACUGCUUGUUGAGCCGCACAACGGAGAACCACCAACCGAAGAUACACAUCCUUUGGGCUAGUCGGCGACGAGAGGAUGCUCUCGGCGGUGAAAGCGAUACUCCUGAGGCUCCGGUGUCGCAAAAAUCCUGGUUCUCAGGUUGGUUCAGCUCUGGAAACAACAGUCCGUCCAUUGGGCCAGUAUCGAACGCACCGAACCCCGCAAAGUCUCUAAUUGUGAAGGAAUUGGAGGGGCUCAAAUCACAGUACCCCGGCCAAGUCACUGUGGAUUAUUUUUUGGAUGAAGAUAACCAUUUUAUUAGUAAGAAGCAUAUUGCAAAUUUCGUGAAAACACGGCCACCCUCGGAUGGUUCCCGCAAAGGGAACCUGAUCCUGGUGUCAGGGCCAGCAGGAUUCAUCAGUUAUAUGGCCGGGCCAAAAAUUUGGGCCCAAGGGCAGGAGCUCCAGGGUCCUGUUCAAGGAAUUAUAAGAGAUUUGGACCUCAAAGGAUGGGCUGUGUGGAAACUUUGA